UCUCUCAUUGUCCGCUUUAUGAUGAAUUGGUGCUGGCAAGCCUCCAUAUAUUUUUGCGGACGUCGCAAUCCCACAUGCGAGAUUUUAAUUUCCACGAAAAUUCCUGCUUUUCCGUGAUUAGAAAGUGCAAAAAUGGCCAAGUUUGAUCUAACUUCGCGCAAUUGUCAGUUCUUAGAUAGGCACUUAACAUUUCCGCUGUUGGAAUUCCUCUGCGACAAGAAUAUUUACGACAAAGAUGUGCUCCUGGAGUACAUCCUGGAAACCGUGGGAAAGACCAACAUGAUUGAUUACACAAUGGACACGAGGAAGCGUCUGAAACUGGGAGAAUCAAUGCCUGAGGAAUUGGCUCAGAGACGCGCAAAAGUUCUCUCAAAACUCAAGGAGCUGCAGAAUGAGAUUGCUCCAUUGAUGAAAAUCAUGGAAGAGCUAAAGAAUACGGACACCAUGAAGGACUCUAAGACUCUCCUGAAUGUCCUGCAGAAGGACUUUAAUUUCAAAAUUGAGAUGCUGGAUAGUGUCUAUAAAUUGGCAAAGUAUCUGUACGAGUGUGGAAAUUACAUCGAUUCCAUUUCCUAUCUCUACUUCUGCCUCCUGGUCAUGCAGACCAAUGACAAGAACUACUUGAAUGUCCUUUGGGGAAAAUUAGCAGCUGAGAUUCUCACCCUCAACUGGUCAUCAGCCCUUGAGGAUCUCAAUCGUCUGAGGGAAUUCAUAGAUUCCAGCAAUUUCACCAAUGUCCAGGCUCUUCAGCAGCGCACCUGGCUCAUCCACUGGAGUGUCCUGGUGUUCUUCAAUCACUCCAAGGGGCGAGAUCUCAUCAUUGACAUGUUUCUGUACAAGCCCCUGUACCUCAAUGCAAUCCAAACCAUGUGUCCGCACAUCCUGCGCUACCUGGCCACGGCCGUCAUCAUCAACAGGGGCCACAGGAAUGCCCUGAAGGAUCUGAUCAAGGUGAUUCAGCAGGAGUCAUAUACCUAUCGCGAUCCCAUUACCGAAUUCUUGGAGCAUCUCUACGUGAACUUUGAUUUCGAAAGUGCUCGAAUGAAGUUGCACGAAUGCCAGACCGUCAUCAUCAAUGACUUCUUCAUCAUUGGAUGCUUGACUGAAUUUGUGGACAAUGCCCGAUUGAUGAUCUUUGAGACUUUCUGCAGAAUUCAUCAGUGCAUCACCAUCAGCAUGCUCGCCGACAAGUUGAACAUGAAGGCAGAUGAGGCUGAAUGCUGGAUCGUCAAUCUCAUUCGCAAUGCUCGUUUGGAUGCCAAGAUUGACUCAAAAUUGGGUCAUGUGGUGAUGGGAACUCCUCCCUUGAGUCCCUAUCAGCAGCUGGUGGAGAAAGUGGAUUCACUGUGCGUGCGCUCCGAAGCUUUGACUACUCUGGUUGAGAGAAAGCAUCGGGCUAAGAAUACUGACAGCGGCGAUAACAAUUGGAAGUACUACAAUUAAAUGCAACUUUUUUUUCAAGAGUAUUUCAAAUUUUUAAUUGAUGGAAAUAAUAAAGAAAAAUGAUGAGAAUAGAAA